AUGGUCAAUGUUGGGGUGGACAAUGAGGAGUCUCUCUAUCCUCCGAGUUUCACUCCGAAAAAUGCACAGGCAUGUCCACAAGGUGUACCAAUUAUCAAAACUCAGCAAAAUCAGGCCAGUACCUCAGCACUAGUGAAUUAUCUGAUAGGCUCAGACUCUAAUCUGUGGGGCAAUCCAACUACCCCUAUAGUUCCUAGUUUGAACGAAAUGGAAAAAGUAAAGAUGGAACUGCCAAAACAACUCAAAGAUCGGUAUAGGUGGUUGGAGGAAAAAUUCAAGGCGAUGAAAAAUGCUGAUGACUAUCAUAGAAUUGACGCUAGAGACCUAAGCUUAGUUCUAGACUUAAUACUUCCUUACAAGUUCAAGAUGCCUGAAUUUGAAAAGUAUAACGAGACUAGCUAUCCCGAAGCUUACAUCACCAUGUUUUGCAGACGAAUGAUUGGGUAUGUCAAUAAUGACCAGUUAUUAAUUCACUGUUUCCAAGAAAGUCUGAACAUAGAAAAGAAACCGAAUGAGAGUUUUCGGCAAUACGCCCAAAGGUGGAGGGAGGUUGCCAUGCAAGUUCAGCCACCUCUCCUAGAAAAAGAGACUACCAUGCUUUUCAUCAAUACUCUGAAAGCCUCAUUCAUUAACCAUAUAUUGGGAAGCACUACUCUGAGCUUUUCAGAUAUGGUAAUGUCUGGUGAGUUGAUUGAAAAUGCAAUAAGGAGCGGGAAGAUAGAUGUGGGAGAAAGGUCCCCAGAUAUCAACGACAAGAGCAAAGUUAUAACUGACUCCCUUUUGGGUUUAGAUAUGUGUUUAAGUGGAUCUCAGGACUUUAAAGAUGAUAAAGAUUGUAGCCUAUGUCCUGGUGGUAGAACAAGAUAA